GCAGAGUGUGGCAGGUACUAUAAAUCAUGCCCGAUCCAGCCACCGCCGCCUGAAACAGGACUUGCCGGAUCCGCUCUUGGCGCUUAUAGGCUCCCAAGCACCGGUUACCGUCGAACGUCGAACCGUUCGACAAGCGAACUAAUCCGAUAUCCAAAUAUAAUCCGAAAAAAAUUCAACGAAAGCUCAAUUACAUUUUUGGAGUUUACAAUAAUAAAAAAAAACAAGAAUUUUGGAUUCUGAAUUGGAGCCACUUCUAUUCUAAAGAUGCGAAAUAUAAGUAAGUAAUCAGCGUAGGACUGAUCGUUGUGGCGAUACCUGGGGUAGCCCUACGAGUACGUCCAGCAAUGGACGUCUGUGAGUUCAAAGAUACAUGCAUGGAUAGAUACAGUUGAAUCUCCAUAUAUGCUAUAAUAUGUUCUGUAAAUAUGCCGCGAGUACAGAAAUCCAUUAUACCCAAUCCUGCGGACCGAAUGGUAAACAGUCGAAGUCGCCCUAAGCACGUCAUUACGGAUCCUCCCGACCCAUUAACGGUGUUUUUUGGUACCUCAAGCACCGAUCACCGUCCUUAAUUUAACCCAUCGACAUAACCCACUGUGGUUCUCGUUGGAUAUUCUCAGUGGGUCGCAAUUGCGAUCCGGUGGUAGAUUCUGCGAGACACUACUGUUGCUAGGACUAGUCUUACCAAACCCUCUCAGGUUGAGCCCGUGAGCUCACCUAUCCGUCCGCGCAUAGCUUUUAUUAUUAGGCUGUCAGCGAAUAGGUAGGAAAAAAAGUUCUAUAAAACUGAGACUUAGAACUCAUGUCUCAAGAUGGAUGGCAUCAUUUACAUUGUUUACGUGUAUGGCCUCCGGUAUCCACUUAACACAAGGUGGACCGUGAGCUCGUCCACCCAUCUAAGCAAUAACAAAAUUAGAAACCGUAAGAUUAAUGAGUUUUAGCAAUGAUAAGCUUAGUAGUAGGUAAGUAUUUAUGAUACGUCUCUGUAAGUUGAGCUUUACUAAUAGAUUUAAAUUUAAUAAUAAUACAUAAUCGUCAGUAAUAAUCGUAUUAUUUUUGACAUUACUUAGAGUAUUAGCGCUUUUUUUUUGUUACAGCUGCAUACUUACUGCCAACAACAAUUACAAUAAUAUACGUCUAACAGUAGUCACGAAGAGCGGCUGUGUUCCCUAACAUUUUUAAUAAGAAAGCUUUCUGUCACUUGGUUACUAUUAUAACGAGCAGAUUUCUUCCUUCUCCCCUCCCAGCCCCCUUCGAUGUUCAAGUCGAGCUACGAGGGAUUCCGCGAAAAAUCUUUCAUUCUGCCGGCGACGAAUCGGUGUUGAAAAAGAGAAGCUCUUUCUAUCUCUGUCUCUCAGUCCUCUCGGCCACUUUCUACGACAUCCAGAAUUUAAACAUCUCCAGCUACGACUCAUCGCUAUCGAAUACCAAAGCCAAUAUGAUCGGCACAGAAAGCUCUAACAGAUGACCACUUAACAAAAAGUGUGCUGUAAUCGUGUUAAGCACCCACCGAAACCGCCAGCCUGUGCUCCACCGUCUCGUGGGAGUUGCAGGCGAGAUGCAUUAGGCUUUAUGGCUGUGUGAGUUCCGUCUGCUCGGGCGGGUGUGCGCGGGACUUGCGCGAGUGUGCCGGUGCACCUGGGCGGAGGCCGGCAGCCCCACGUGCCCGGGACCGGGACUCAGUCGCUAGUGAGCCGCCGCUGUCGCCUUACGCCGCUACUGGGCCCGCCGACAGCGACAGGUGGCGCCGACGCCCGCCGCCUGCGCGUUCCCUGCUAGCUCGCCUCGACCCGCUAGCCGCCUCGACACAAUAAAUUUUAUACGGUCGGCUCCAACAUCCAACUUUAAUAUUGCCUCUCUUCCUUCACUAUAUCACAUUGCAGUGUUAAUCUGUUUUUUGAGGCGAUAAUGUGUUUGUUUGUUUAAUGUGAUGUCCUUACGAAAAUGCCAUUAAAGUGUUAUGGAAUUUGAAAACUCCGUUCAAAUUAAACGUUAGAAAGAGAAAAGCUAAGUUACGGGUGUGUCGGGGAAGCAUGUCGCGGCGAUGACGUGGUGCGCCCGGCGCGGCAUGCCCUGCUGACAUGGCACGCAGCCGCUCCGCCCUGCUGACGCUAGCUACCAUCACAGCAUUUAUUGGGUGUUGUGUGUGCGCGCCGCAAGGCAGCGUGCAGGGCGGCGUGCAGGGCGGCGCGCAGGUCCCCCCCGGGGUGCCACACUCCACCUCGCCGCCCGCCGGCAUCGGCGGCGUCCGAAGAUUCAGCCAAUAUUCCAGAGGGAGAGGGUAUCGUGACUGGCGAACGCGAGGAGAUCCCACUCUCAUCAAUUCACUUUGGCGCAGCCGACAGCCACUUGGCAUUCGAAAGCAAUUGGGAAACGCAGAAGUUUAUAUAAUAUUGGCCCUCCUGAUCGGGUUCGUGACCGUGGUGGUGGGGUGCUGGCUAUCGGACAACUGCUGGUCUCCGGAGCCGGAGGACGCGCUGGCUGGCGGCUGACCCGUGGCGGCGGGCGCGUGCACGCACGUGUAGCGCCCGCCGUCCGCACCCGUCGACAGGGAGAGUCCGUUGGGCGCGGGCUCACUGUCGCCGGUGUUGCCGCCGCGCGCUCCGACUUUACUGCACGCCGCCCGUCACUUCUGUCAAGAAACCUGUCCGAGCUUCGUCUGUGACGGGAGACAUAGACCUACAGUUUUCUGACCGGAGCACACGCAUCACUCUUGUCGUGUUCACGAAAAGACUAACGGAAACCACAUUUCCACAGUAACAAACGGUAGAGUGUGCGAUAAUUGAUUAAUAAAUAAAUAAAAACUCGGAAAUAUUCAGCGUUUCGUAAACAAUUGCAACGCUUUCUGAUGUAUAUUGUGGUUGUGUAUUUAUUCGGAUGAAUUUUUAAACUCUAAUAUAACUUCGUACGUAUAUUAGUAAAAAUGGUGAUAAAGUGCAGGUAAGCAUUUGUGAAGAACUUUAAGAGCUUUGAUUUAGAUUUUUACCCUCUAGUCAAAAGUCGUUCGAAAUGUGCAUGUAAUAUUUAAUGGAAGUAAUUAUGAAAUAUGUUACAAUGGGUCCACCUGGCCGCGCCUAGAUCGGUGACCUAGGGAUUACGAACUUGUAAUUAUUAAAGGCUCGUUGUGUAUCUAAAUCGUUUAGUCGUAGACUUUGCUUCUAGUAAUUGCUCUUACAUGAACUCAUUUGAUCUUACAUACCUUAAGCGUGGUGCACAUGUACUUCUUUGUACCGAUACUAUUUUUUCUAAAAGUAUGUGCCUUGAAAAUUAUAUGCUUUCCUCGAUUUGAAUUGUAGUUUAGAAAGUGUUUUGAACCAUUUAGAGAAAACUCUUAUCUCUGUCUGUUCUACGGACAAGUAAUCCCGUAAGUGCAAUACACAUCAUAACCGUGCCUUUACCGUUCUAUAGACUUUGAGAGGGACGUAAUUAACAAUAGGUUUUAACGAGUGCUCUUCACUCUUUGGAAGGCACCAGACCUGUCAAGCAUUCUUUCACAAAGUGUCCUGCUUCUUCCAUAAUUUCAUUUUAAUAUUAAGAUGCAGUAUAAUCAUCAUAAAUAAGAAAGAGCUAGGACCAAACGACUUUAAUAUUAACGUCAAUUGAAUUUGUAGAAAUAUUCAAAAUCACUAUCACAAUAGAAUAAGCACUAACACUGAAAGACAACGACAUUCGAAUAUUAAUAAUAACGCUAACUGUAAUGUCAAAAUAUUAUUUGCUAGAAAGAAGAAGUCGUAUCAGUUAUCAGUACACAAAUUCAAAUUAUUGAGUCAUGCUAGAAUCAGAUUUAUCUGACAAAAAACUUUUACUAAUUUUAAUAGUUUGUUUAUUUUUCAUUAAUAAACUUGUAUAUUUUCUGGUACGGGUCCUAAGCAAAAGCCCGACUUCUGCUAAUUUAUUCUACAUAUUUUGACUUUCACUUUUACAGCAAACUGUCAACCCUAGUCUUAUAGCUUUUGUAAGGGCUCUGUAGAUAAUUAAUAGAAGCGAACUGUAAUUUUGCGCGUUUGUAAUUUUGUGUACUGUACAUGUAUUGAAUAUUUGGUAAAACAGAGAUUCAUUGAGAGAGUAUGCCAGAAUUUUCUUACCAUUCCAUACAUAAGAAAAGAUUGUCUACGAAAAUAUAAACUAAAUCCGCCUACAGGAAAUAUUUGUUCUUUUGCUUUGAAAAGUAGAACUCUAUUUAUUAAUUUGUGCUUAUACGGCAUCAAUCCAUUGCAGAUUUAGUCACAGUAAAAACAUGACGAUAAAUUGUAACUCGAAAGCUUUGUACAUGUGUAUUUUGUAAUUAAUUUUACGAGCAAAAAAUCUCUAAAAUUUGUUGUGCAAAAGUAUUGUUAAGAAAAAAGUUCGAUGAUCAACAUUACGCAACCAACGAUUUGAAAAAAUUUGUAAGAAGUGCAAAAUUCGCAUAUGCACACACUGGUUAAGUUUGAGGUUUAACAUAAAUAAAGAAUUCCAUGAAUUAAUGUGAUAAAAGUAGCAAAAGUUUUUGUUUUUAUCUUGUUAUUAAUUCGGAUCUCGAAUCAAGCAACCAAAAAUAAUUUUAUGUAUUUCCUUAUUUACUUAUUUCAACAAAAAGACGAAUAUUUUCCUUCCUCAAACAUCCUAUCUCUCCAACUCGUACAAUUGUAAACAUGUCUUGUGUUUAUAAAAAUGAAAUGUAAAAACAGGAUCCAAUUUAACAUCGUCAUGCAUUACAUACGCUCAAUGUUUUAGAAUUUGAUUAAAUUUUGUAGAUGUGAUUAUUUUAUUCAAGUGUUGUUCGUGUCACAUAUUCGUGCGCAUAUGCGUACCCUUUGUAGGAAUACGUUAAAAUACUUAGAAAAAUAUAAGCUUAGAUAUUGGGUUAUAAGACACCGGUGAUUCAUUUCCAAUUUGAAACUUCAAAUCAUUGGGAUUUGAAGUUUCAAAGUGGGUGUGAGUGGAGGCAAAACCAUAUAAGUAUUAUAAAAAAUGAUUUUCUUACAUUUUGUAUUUAAAAAAAAAAGUGUCAAGUGUUACAUACCAAAGUAUAAAGACUAUUAAGCCCCACGAGAUUGUGGAUUAUAGUAUGUCUUCAUCUUAAGAUAAAUCACUUUGUUAACCGAUAAAAUUAGUGAAGUUUUUGUAAAUUUAAGGAACCCGACUGAAUAGUCAAAGUUUUUUAAGUAUUGUGUAAAUUUAUAUAUAGCUAGGUGAAUAUACUAUGUCACGUAGGUACACGGGCAUCAUACUUUAAUAUUGUGCGAAACAAUAUGUUACAAUUAGCAUUGUAACAUAAAACGUAACACAAGCGAAUGCAAUUGUUUAAUUUUUGAUAGUUUUUAUGAUACAAUAAAGCUAAUUAAAUUGAGCAAUAGAAUUAAUUGUAUUAUGAAAUUGCUAAGGUACUUUUGUCAUAUUUUUUUCUAUGUUUGUACGGUAUUUUAAUAGGCUUUUCAUAGCUGUGUUAUUCUAUGCGCUUUUUGCUUAUUUGCAACAUUAUUUUACUGUUUAUUCCGAUAGAAUCUAUAGACAUUUGUAAAUAUUCAACUACUAAAAACUUUCACUAAAAUAAUAAAAUUAAAUAAUAAAACUA